AUGGAGGAACGAGUCUGCCGCGUUUGCCAGGCGGCGGAGCCGGCCGACGAGCUCCUGGAGCCCUGCCGGUGUUCUGGAUCCGUUCGAUGGAUUCAUCGGAGCUGCCUGAACAAUUGGCGGCGCCACUGCUGGGCGUCGUCACCAUCUGGCGCACUUCAAUGCGAGCUUUGUGGCUCCCUAUAUGUCUACGAGUUCUGCCGACUUGCCCCGUGCCGUGCCGCCUACAUGAUAAUGACAGAAGCUGCGGUGUGCUGCCUGCCGAUCUUUCUCAUUUUCCUGGCAAUCGCAGCCGCUGUGGACCUUGUGGUGGGCCUCGUCACUUCGAUGGGCCUACUGGGCCUCCUCGCUUGUGGAGAUCUCGUGGCUGCUCUCAGCGGCUGGGGGCUCCUUUACUCCGCCGUCCUUGGGCUCCGGGGCCAGGAGCAUCAUCGCUUCCCCGGAUUCUGGCCGCCGGGUUUGUCGAAGAUGGAGCGGCUCCCAGGGAGCCGAUGGCUUCUCUAUCUUGUGCCGGUGAUCAUGCCAAACCUGAUGACUUGGAUGUUAUUCGCCGUCCGAGAUUGGCUAGGACAAGACAGCUUCGAGGAGCUCGGUCUGAUGUUGGCAAAGUUGGGGAGCUGGUACCUGAUGUUGCUUGUGUCUCUGCGGGUGGCUGGCGCAUGGCUCAAGCCUCCACUGGUGGUCGUCAGAGAUUCGGAAGGAUGGCCCAUGCUGCGCAGCUUGACGCCACAGGAGCGAGGCAAGUAG